UCCCACAUUGCUAUGGGGAAGUUGGGUACUGAAAUCAUAUUUUAAUACUAGUUUAAGAGGAACCUUUACUGUACUUUCUUCUUCAUCGCUGCUUUCAGUACUUGAGUCACUGGAAUAUUCAUUAGAUGAUGAAGUAAUAGUUACGUUCUCAAUGCUCUCCUCUACAGAAGCCAUACUCAAGUUCUCAACUAACUACACAAGAACAAAAAUUAUUUUUAUAAUGCAACUACUUGUUUAGGUUAGGAUAACAUAACCCAUAAAUGUCACAUCUUAAUCGUAUUAUUAAAAUAAUCAGUAAUAAGCGAAGACAUGUUUUCCUGAUCCCAGUUUGUUGUAAACAACAAAAGUAUUUACAUCUGCGAAACCUCACUUUUUGCUAUCAACAAAAGAGUAAAAUCUGAAAUAAAUUAAAAACCUCUGGCCAUGGAAGGUUUUGAAUUAUUCAAACAAGGUGCUGAGGGCCGUAUUUUUAAAGGAGUUUACUUAGGCAAGCCCACAAUUGCCAAAGAACGUUUUGUUAAAAAAUACCGUCAUCCAGAUCUUGACUCCCAUUUGACCAAAGAACGGAUAAAAAGUGAGAGUCGCUCCAUAAUUCGAUGUAAAUCUGCCGGGAUAAGAACCCCCGCUUUGUAUUUAGUUGAUUUCAAUCGUCGCACAAUUUUUAUGGAAUACUUUGAGAACAGUAUUGCGGUCAAGGAUUUUAUAGCAAAAGCAAGUGACGACGUUGGAAAUAAAUUGGCGUUAGAAAUUGGGACUGCGUUGGGAAAAAUGCAUGCCAAUAACAUAAUCCAUGGGGAUUUAACAACGUCCAACAUGCUACUUGUAAAUAAAAACGGUCAAAACGUCUAUGAGAAUUUGCAAGAUUUAGAGCUGAUUUUCAUUGAUUUUGGAUUGUCUCAUGUGGAGUCUAGUGCUGAAGAUAAGGGUGUUGAUUUGUACGUACUGGAACGAGCCCUGCUCAGUACACAUAGUACAGCCAAUGAAAUUUUCGAACAAGUUUUAGAGGGCUAUAAAUUAGAGAAUAAAUCAGGGUUUCAAGAAGUAUUGGCAAAAUUUAAAGAAGUGCAGGCUAGGGGCCGAAAGCGUACAAUGGUUGGCUGAUUCAUUUAUUUAAAGUCUUGAUAACAUUCCUCCUGCAAUUACAAUUGUUUCUCCAGUCAUAUAACUAGCAUCAUCAGAUGCUAAGAAAGCUGCUGCGCUAGCUAUUUCAUUUGGCAUUGCCAUUCUGUAAAAAAUAAAUUUUUAACUAAA